CCACUUCACUUUUCUAACAGACAGAUGCUAUAAAGUACAAAAACUUAUUUUAAUUAUCAUCCAUAUUUGUAAAUUAAUAUAGCAUUAAUAAUAUAAGGCUUGUCUUUGAGUUUGAAGAUUAAUGAGGAAUGGAGUAUUUCCUGUGGCUACGCAGCCCCAGCUGCGACCUACAUAUUUUGCCACAUCUAGUGCAGGCAUUACCAAGGUCGAUUAAGAUUUUCUUUUUGCCGUCUACCUCUAUCCAGUGGAUUUUAUUUUGGUCUCAAAUGUGUAUCCCGCAGUCUUUGUGAGUGACCUUCAGCUGUCUCCUUCUGAAGCCGCCUGCUGCAACCAAUUGCUCUCUUCUAUGUCAGUUAAAGCUAGGUUGUGCCUAAGCUGCUCUUUAAAGCGUUUCCAUGGGGCACCUGUGUUAUGUCAACCACCUUUCAGCUCAACAAAAAAGAUUGCUUUUGACAUACGUUCACCCCCCAUACUGGAUAUGUGCCCUGCCCAGCGUAGCUGUCGGACCAUUAAGAAGUCCCUCUUUACUGUCCAUACUGGCGUUUGCUAGGACAUAGCUGUUUGUAGUGCGGUUUUGCCACCGUAUGUCCAGGAGUGCAAUCAUCUUUGGUGAAAGCUUUCAAGUAAGCUUGAGUGGCUUUCUGUAUAAUACCAAUGUCUCAGAUCCAUAUAGAAGAGUUGAAAGAAUCACUGCUUGGUAGACACUUUCCUAUAGAAAAUGGUGUGAAGCAGGACUGUGUAAUUGCUCCUACUCUAUUUGCUAUCUUCUUUGGCUGGGUCAAUGCUGUGUCAGUGGUUGGAUGAAGACAUCUACAUCAGGUUUUGCUCAGACCUCAAUGUGUUCAAUCUUCGACAUCUACUGUUCCAUACAAAAACAAAGAAAAUUGUCAUAACAGAGCUUUCUAUGCCAUUGAUUGUGCCCUGCUAGCUCACUUUGAACAUGAUCUCCAGAUCAUGGUCGAUAAAUUUGCAUAAGCUGCCUCCUAUUUUUGCUUUAUCUAUAAACCUCUGGAAAACAGAAGUCACCCAAUAAAACACACUUAGCCCUAAGGAUCACUGUAAAUGGACAGCCCCUUAUCAUGGUAGACCACUUAACAUAUCUAGGAAGCAUAGUAAAUGACGUAUAGCUUACAAGGGAAGUUGAUAACUGUCUGGCCAGGGGCAGUAGGUCUUUUGGACGCCACCAGGAUAGAGUUUGGAAGAAUAAAUUGCUCCGCCUGCCUAGAAAAAUCUAGCAUUAGAUCCAGAUCUAAUUGUUCAUUAUAGAAGAUGUACUAAUACAAAUCAAAGAUGUAAGUACUGAUACUGACUUGCCCAUCCAUGGCCAACACCACACAAAGUGUUGCUGUUGUUGAUAAGCGUAAACAUCCUUUUGGUGACUUAGGCAAACCUACACUCAGGGGUGUCAGAAAAUGCCCCAAGUGUGGAACUUUCAAUGGUACUAGAGGACUAAGCUGCAAAAAUAAAGACUGUGAUGUUGUCUUCAAAGAACGUGAGAGAAAAAAAGGUCACAGUGCAGAAUCUGUCAAAAUCAUAACAGGCUCCACAACACAGUUAUACUCUGUUCGGCUGAGAGAUAGGGGCCCUGAUUACAGAGGCUUUGUUCAGCUUCCUUACAUUCAUGAUGUGGAUGGAAACCCAGCAACUGUGUUUGAUACAAGUGUCCUAAUAGCUGCCUCUGUGUGCUAUGUUGAAAACUGUCAUCGAAAUGGAAUGCCAGAUACUAACAGCAUUCUCAAAGAUGGUGUGGAAGCUUGUGUGCAUGUUCGCUCUGCAAUAGACUGUGCUCAACAGGCUCAACCUAUAGGUUUAAAGAACAGUGUAUUAAAUAAUUUACAAAUAUCUAAUGAAAUUAGGCAAGCUGUAUGGGUUUUAGCCACCGAAACUUCAGGGCCAGUGGUUCAGAGAGUGACAAAAAAUAUAAUGGUUGUUAAAUGUAAAGUUACAAAAAAGCAACCUUUAGGAUUUCUGCAUUGUGCAUUUUUUGCAACAUUAAGGAAUAGACAACAUCCUUACUACAAAUUUCAGUGUACUUGUCGAGCUUUUAAGGUUAGAAGCUGUACAUCAAGAGAAGAUAUCUCUAAGUAUUGUGUACAUUUUUUUGCUUGUAUCUGUGCUUUCGCUAGUGAUGAAAAAUUGGCAGAAGAAUUUUCACAUUAUGUAAAUCUUGAGCAACUGAAUACUAUUAGUCCUGAUCGUCAAGUAUUAGCUGUGUAUCAACAAGUUGAUGAUGGCUUAGCUGUUGCAUCAGAUACUGAUACAAUGGAAGUAAUCAUAUCAGAAGAUGAUCUACUUGUACAUGCUCCAGAAAAAAAAGUAAAAAAAGAAGAUUCAUUAGCACAAGCAAGUAGUGCACUGUUGACCUUGCAAGAACAGAAGAUUCCCCCUACAGUCAGUCUAUAUUCUCAACAAAAUAGUCCAGUUAAAGAAACCACCCAUUCUGUACAGUUUCAGUUUCAUCAGCAGCAGUCUGGAGGACAACAACCUGUUUCUAAGUACAAUGCUAACAAAAAGCCAACUUAUCAGACAUCCAUUGAUGAGUGUUCAACAUCAGUAAGCUUUCAGCAGUGGUUAGCCAGUGUCACAGAAAGAAUCAAUCAAACAAUGCAUUAUGGUUUUUCAGGUACCCCUGAUCCAUUGGUAUUCCAUGCUCCUCAAGUAUUUUUUGACUGUCUACAGCAAAGAAUAUCUGCUGGAAGUAGAAAAAAACGUUUACCUAAUUUGACGACAAGCUUUGUAAGAAAAGAAGCUCUGCCAUUGGGAACAUUUACAAAAUUUACUUGGCACAUUACAAGUGUAGCACAAGUCAAGCAAAUUUUCGACUCUCCAGAGUUAACACUGGAUUUGACUCGAAGUUUUGUAGAAAACAGAGACGGAACAUAUGAUCCUUAUGAAGCUCCACGAACAGAUGCAUUCAAUGAUGCAAACAAAAUUAAAAAUCAUACGCCAAUUAGACCAUUUGAACUUAAAACAUAUUUAAAAGUUGGUCUUGCUAGUGCGCAAAAGGAAUUAACACCGUUCAUUAUUGAGUGGAUCCCAGAUAUUUUACCUCGAAGUCACAUUGGUGAAUUGCGUAUUAAAUUUGAAUAUGGACAUCAGCGUAAUGGUCAGAUAGAAAACAGAAACACUAAUAGUCUCAUCUCACAAGAUAUUUCUCUUCAGUCUCCUGCUAUACAACUCAGAGAGAUUAUGCCUAGCUAACUAGAACUUUGAACAGUCCUGAAUGAAACUAUGUGUGAUAUAUAGGUUUAUAUAAUGUACUUUGAAGAUUUAACUGCUAGGGAACAAGAUUUGUUUGCAAUAUGUUGACAUAUUGUGUCAAUAAAGAUCAAACUAGUUUGGAUUGAAAUUUGGUGAGAGACAACAGAGAUUCUAACAGCUGUUCCAAAUUUAUUAGGAGUGUAUUUGCUGUGUCUGUCUUCUUAUGCAUUAAUUAUUACUGGAAUUAAAUAGGUGUUAAUAAAAUAUUAAAAGAGAUUAAUUUAUUAUCCUGUUGAGUCUGAACACUUAACAUUGCUUCCUUAAGACUUACUAUAUUUGUCAUGUCAAAAUUGUUGAAAUUCUAUUUUAUUGAAAUACUUUUGACAUAACACAUGUAAAUAAAACACUGUAAAUUUGUUACAAGCAAUAUAAAUAUACACAUGUUUCUUGGUUGCUUCUGUGGAAGAACCAUAGUGAUUUAUUGUUAAUUAUAAACAAAAACAAAACACAAACGUAGGUUACUGUCUAUAGACCGUUGAGCCUCAUAUGGUUUUCUUUAUUAUUUAUUGUAGUAAUCUCGUUCAUGUUUGUAUUUGUUUUAAUUUAAAGAAUUAUUUGUCUGCAAUACAUCUAUUACAAUGUGUACAAAAUGUAAUGAAUACUAUUAUAUUGUUAUUGAAUAAAUUCAUGUUCUAAGUUAAAGUAUUAACCUGAUGUUUUUGAGUUCAUCUUUGCAACAAUAUUUUAACCUUCAUUUAUGAGGAGAUGUCCCAGAUUGUCUAUAACUUUCCUGCAGUGUUGGCCUCCUCAUGCCUUGAUUGUUUGGUUAUAUAUGUUCUCAUGACAUUACUAGAAAUUCUUACAAAAUGGCUGCCCAUUGUCUAUAUUGUUGGACAAUACACUUGUUAAGUGUAAUAUAUAUCAAAUAGAGCCUAGAAACCUAUUGGUGUCAUUUUUCUUUGUGUAUUUGUCAAAUAAGCCUGCUGUUUUCAGACAUUUGACAGUGAUUUUUAAUACUAGUUUACAUCUCACUUGUUUUCUUUUCAAAAAUGUCUGUGAUAUCUAAAUUCCUGACAAUAUUUAUAUAACUAUAUAAUUCAAUAGUUAUAAAAUCUAUAUGUUGUGUCCCAUGACUUAAUUUUGCCAAACUUUACUUGCAUACAUGAUCAGUACAUACAUUCGUUUUGUAGUUGUUCCUGGUUAUGUUUUAUAAUGAACUGUUCAUCUGCUAAGAGUAACUCCUUUACAUCCUCAGGAUUUUUCAAAAACAACACAAAGAUAUUGAUUGAGAUGGUUAGUGUAUAACUUUACCAAAUUAAAAUGUGCGAUGGAAAAAAAAAAUUAAUGUCA